AUGAACUCGUUGUAUACCUCGGGCGUUCGCCAGACAAAUUCAAUACAAGCCGACCUCGAGCGACUACGUGAUGGCGACGUCUCUGCCUCCUUGUUGGGGCAGAUAUCAGCUUCAUUGGCGGCGAUGCAUAGAACUAUUGACGACUACGACUCAAUGGCGAAGCGUGAGAUAAUCAAAGCCAAGCAGGAAAAGGCACAAAUGCGGGUCCAAAAGUUCAGAACCGACUAUUCAGAACUUCAUACUCAAUUUGAUCGUCUCAAAGCCGAGGCCACUGCUCAAAAAGAAGCCGACCAACGCGCGGAACUGAUAUCCUCCUCUGGAACCCCUUAUUCUCCCUCUGAUGCUCGACGGCGCUUUCAAAACACUCCGAGUACCUCGCAGUUGCAUCCCGGUCUUCGUCCCGAAUCCCAGGUAUCAGAAUCGCCCUUUCGAGGUGUAAGCCCACAGCCAGGGUUUGGCUCACGCGAGCAGCACGCUUUAGACGAGCACACUUUCAUCCAGAAUACGGAGAACCGUCUAGAUGAGUUUCUUGCGCAGGGAAGGCAAGUCCUCGACAACCUCGUGGAUCAACGGAACAUGCUUAAAGGCACGCAACGGAGAUUGUUGGAUGCGGCCAAUACUCUUGGGCUCAGCAGAGAUGUUAUUGGGUGGAUUGAGAGACGAAGUACGCAGGAUAUGUACAUCUUCGCCGCCGGUGCCGUAUUUACCUUUUUCUGCUUCUAUCUUAUAUGGAGAUAUCUGGGAUGA